AUGGAUGCAAGGCAAGCAAAUAAAAGUGAAAUUAAAUUCAUUGAAGGCAAAGGCGAGAUUCAUUGCAAGCAAAUUAUUGCGGCAAAAGUCGAUGGGAGGAUCAAUAUGGCAAUGACAACCUUCACUCUUGAAUUUGAGCUUGAGUCCAUGAUUCAAGUGCGAUGGCUGCUUGGAUUUAUCCCCAUAAAUCAAAUAAAGACCUGCAAGAGGAAUGACGAGCUGACCAUGAGUGAAGAUCAGAAAAAUCUGCUAAAAAUAUGGUGCCAAGUUAAGUUAUUCAACUAUGUUGAUGAAAAAUGCAAAAACGCUGAAAUCGAAG